AUGCGUAGUCCAAUAGGUAUUGAUUUCGGUACACUUUAUUCAUGUGUUGCUGUAUUUCAACAUGGAAGAGUUCAAAUCAUUUCUAAUGAUCAAGGAAAUCGUACGACAUCAUCUUAUGUUGCAUUCACUGACGAGGGAAUUUUGAUUGGUGAUACAGCUAAAAAUCAAGUGGGUAGAAAUCCAACUAAUACAAUAUUUAAUGUUAAACGUCUUAUUGGGCGUAAAUAUGAUGACCCAAUAAUUCAGACUAAUAUGAGACAUUGGCCAUUUAAAAUAAUAAAUGAAAAUGGAAAACCCAAGCUUCAGAUUGAAUAUAAAAAAAAAGUAAAAAUAUUUACUUUUGAAGAAAUUUCUUCAAUGAUAAUUACGAAAAUGAAAGAAAUAGCUGAAACUUAUCUUGGUGAAAAAGUAACCGAAGCUGUUAUAACCGUUCCCUCACAUUUUAAUUAUUUUCAACGUCUAGCAAUAGAAGAUGCUGGUGUUCUUGCUGGUCUUAAUGUUUUACGCAUUGUCAAUGCACCAUCAGCAACUGCUAUUGCUUAUGCAUUUGAUAAAAAAGUAUUAGCUUCACGAAAUGUUCUAAUUUUUGAUUUGGGUGGUAGUACAUGUGAUGUAUCAGUUUUAAUAAUUGAAGAAGGAAUUCUAGACGUUAAAUCAGCAGCUGGUGAUGCACACUUGGGCGGUGAAGAUUUUGACAAUCGAAUGGUUGCACAUUUUAAACAAGAGUUUAAACGUAAACAUGGUAAAGAUCUACAGGGAAAUGAACGUGCUGUUCGACGAUUACGUACUGCAUGUGAACUGACUAAACAUACAUUAUCAUCAGCAUCACAAGCAGGCAUUGAACUAGAUUCAUUACAUGAAGGCAUCGAUUUUUAUUCAACUAUAACUCGUGCACGUUUCGAAGAACUUAAUGCUGACUUAUUCCGUUCGACACUUGAAUCUGUUGAAAAAGCUUUACGCGAUGCAAAAAUGGAUAAAGCACAAAUUAAUGAUAUUGUUCUUGUUGGAGGUUCAACACGCAUUCCAAAAGUGCAAAAACUUUUACAAGAUUUCUUUAAUGGUAAAGAAAUAAUUAAAUCAAUUAAUCCAGAUGAAGCUGUUGCAUAUGGUGCUGCAAUUCAAGCUGCUGUAUUAACAGGUGAUAAAUCUGAAUAUGUCAAAAAUUUACUUUUACUUGAUGUGGCAUCGCUUUCAUUAGGCAUCGAAACUGCUGGUGGUGUUAUGACGGCCUUAAUUAAACGUAAUACAACGAUUCCAGCAAAACAAACAGAAAUAUUUACAACCUGUUCGGACAAUCAACCAGGUGUUUUAAUUAAAGUUUAUGAAGGCGAACGUACAAUGACAAGAGAUAAUCAUUUAUUAGGAACGUUUGCAUUAAUGGGUAUUUCACCAGCACCACGUGGCAUACCGCAAAUUGAAGUUACAUUCGAUAUUGAUGGAAAUAGUAUAAUAAAUGUUUCAGGUUUCGAUAAAAGUUCUAGAAAUGAAAAUAAAAUUACAAUUACGAAUACUACAGAAUGUUUGCCAAAAGAUGAACGUGAACUACCUUUAACGUGUUAUGAUGGAAAAUAUGAAGAAAGAAAUGAAAUCCCAGUUACAAAUAUUGCUGAUAAGAUUUCACUUAAAUCCUAUUGUUUAAAUAUAAAAAAAAGAAUUAAUGAUAAAACAUUAACAGAUAAAAUUAGUGGUUAUGAGAAGAAGAAAAUGCUCGAUGCUAUUGAAGAUACAUUGAAAUGGUUGGAAACAAAUCAAGCUGCUGAAAAAGAACAGUUUGAACUUAAAUUCAAAGAAAUAAAAAAAAUAUAUUCUCCAAUCAUGAAAAAACUGUAUCCAGAAAAGGAGAGUGCCGAAAAAAUGCCUCAAGGAUUUGCCGGUGACAAAACAGGUAUGAUUGUGUUUUAA